CAGUUUUGCUCAAAUUUCAACUUUCCUUGAGCCCUGAUAAGAGGAUGAGAAUUUACUCUCAUCUAUUUAUAAAGAAAAGAGUAACAACAUGGAAGCCACUCUAAGAUUUGCUCACAUGAGUUGGAUCAUUGUGUUAUGCUCCAUAUUACAUGUUGCUUUUUUGCAUGAAGUGGGCAUCAAUGGAACAAACAUUGAACAUUUCUCCUGUGUGGUUUUCUCAUACACUUUUAAGGGUCCUUCUAUGAAUUGCACUUGGGAAGUUGGCAGUAAGGCUCCACCAGAUACCCAGUAUUUUCUAUACUUUCAAUACUACAAGUCAAGAUCUUCACAAGAGAAAGAAGAGAAAGUGUGUCCAUAUUACAUAAGUAAUGAACAUAGAACACAUAUUGGGUGUUAUUUUCCAAACGUGACUGUCAAUCAAUACAGCGUUCACUUCAGACUGAAUGGGUCAAGCACAGAUUCAGUAAUUCAGCCUUUUACUUCCAAACUCCAACUGUAUCAACAUGAAAGGCUUGACCCACCACAUAAUAUCACUGUGAAUUGCCCUGAACCCCCCUUGGACUGUAUAGUAGAAUGGAAACCCCCUCCCAGCAGCCGUAAAGUUCACCCUCAUUGCUUUAGGUACGAAAUACAGAUACUUGAAGGCAUCUCGUCCAAAAAGUUCUCUCAUGGCAAAAAAUACAUCUUGAGGUUCCGUACAGGUGGACAACAUUGUGCCAUUACAACAGAGUUUGGUGAAUGGAGUGAACGAAUUGAGUUUGGCACUGACCCCAGUUCAUUCCCUACAAUACACUUAGUCCUGGUUGUACUUGGAACCAUCUCAAUCAUCGUGCUCCUGUUUUUGAUCUGUAAAAGAUCCCACAUAUGGCAAAAGCUAACUGGUCCGGUUCCACAACCAAAAAGCAUUAUUUGGCAAUGUGAGAAGAACAUGGAGAAAGCAUGGGUCAACCAGAUACCAACAGCAGAAGAAAAAAUAACAGUGGUGGAAGAAAUGAGUACAAGCUGCAGAAAUGUAUGAGAUAUUUUCCUUGACCACCAAGCUACAAACCUAUGAAACUAGAGAAAUACCAACAUUUUGGGGUGCUUCAAGAAAGACGGUUCAUUAGUGCUAGUGUAUAGCACUUAUGCUCAUAUAAUACUAAUUGAAAAAAAAUCAUUGAAAACUGUCUAGAGAGUGUGUCCUGGGCCCCAACAGUUGUCACUACUGUUAUAAACCAUUUUAAAGCAGUAGUGUAGACCCUGCCCCUCUCUCAUUUGUAGAUCCUGCCCCUGCCUCAUUUGCACAUGCAGUUUUUCAACUGCUGUUCAUGUACACCAUUCCUUUAUGAGUAGGUCUAAGGGUGACUGUCCUCAGCUCCUGUGGUCUAAAUCCUUUGACAUAUGCUGCUUCACUAUACCUUUACCUGUCUUCUCCCAUGGAAGGGUUCCUGUUGGGCCUUUCC